GCCCCCCGUAGAGCGCCGCUCGGCGGCAUUGGGAAGAAUCGCAGAAUGCCCAAAGAAGAUCUGGCUGUCAUUUCUAUAAAAAACCAGGCGCGCAGUGGCAAGCGACAUAACGCUGCAGCAUACAGCCACCCUCAGAAGGACAUCACUACCAAUGGCACUGCUGAUGACGACGACACCAUCGACGCCGAUGCCGACAGCAUUAAUCGUUCUUCGCCCGCCAAUGGGUCGCAUAAGGUCUCUCUUGAUGACUUCCAGUUGCUCAGCAUUAUUGGCAAGGGCAGCUACGGCAAGGUCAUGCUUGCCGCUACAAGGACACGGGCAAGGUCAUGGCGAUCAAGGUUAUUUCAAAGUCCAAGCUCCGUGGCCGCCCCAACGAGAUCCGUCGCGUCAUGUCGGAGCGCAAGGUCCUCGAGCGCACUGUCGAGCACCCUUCCUUGUUGGCCUGCAGUGUGCGUUCCAGACCAAGGAAAAGCUGUUCUUCUGUCUGGACUAUGUCAACGGUGGCGAGCUGUUCUUCCACCUGCAGCGCGAGCGCAGAUUUGGCGAGAAUCGCUCGCGGUUUUAUGCAGCUGAGAUUGCAUCUGCUCUGUCCUAUCUCCACAGUAUGGACGUUGUCUACCGCGAUCUAAAGCCCGAAAACUGUCUUUUGGACGCGCGUGGACAUGUCCGCAUAGUUGACUUUGGCCUGGCAAAGGAAGUCGGACCGGUGGUCUGGCGCACCGAGGGCUCUGCGUUGUACUCAGUCGAGGAGGGCGGCAAGACCGGUACCUUCUGUGGCACUCCUGAGUAUCUUGCACCCGAGGUGCUGCUGCGCCAGCGCUAUGGCAAGGAAGUUGACUGGUACUGCCUAGGCGCCGUUAUUUACGAGAUGCUGACAGGUUUGCCGCCGUUCUAUCAUCAGGAUAAUAACACCAUGUAUCAGCGUGUGCUCAGCGAAAACUUGCGCUUCCCAACAUCGCUUCCACCUCCAGCGCCGUGCAACGGUGAAAUGCAUCCUGGAAGCGGAAAUAUUGCGAGCAAUUCUAUUGGCCGGUAUGCGCAAGACUUCGUCUUCCAGAUAAUGAAGCGCGAUCCGCAAGACCGACUUGGCCACGGCGUGUUUGGUACUGAAAACGUUAAACGUCAUCCCUUCUUCCACGGAAUAGACUGGGGCAAGAUCUAUCGCCAGGAGUACGCGCCGCCAUUUGUGCCCAAGGUCAGCUCAAUAUUUGAUCUCAGCAACAUUGACCCCGAGUUCCGAAAUGAGCCUAUCCCCGAGUCCAUCCUUGCCGAGGGCCAGAUCGACCUUCUCGCUGAAACUGCCGAGGCCGAGCGCCAGACUGAGCUCGCCAUGCAGGCAAAGCUAAUGGCAUUCCCUUCGCCAAUGUCUAACCAUGCGUCUAACCGCACGCUUGUUGACAACAGGGCCCAGGCCAGCUUGCUGCUAAAUAAUGAAAACAUUAUGGCGGCUAUGUCUGCCGCUAGGCGCAACGCUGAGAUGGACUCGACUAUCGAUGCCUUCCGAGGAUUCUCCUUUGUAUCGCCGUGGGUCGAUGCUCCAGAGAACGAUUAGUCGGAAAAACGUUACCAUUUAUCAUUUUAUCCUUUCCAUUUUUAUUAUAAAUAUUCACAUUACAAAGUUUAGUCUUCAACUCAAGUG